AUGACCAAGACAGACUAUUACGAGCUGCUUGGAGUGGAUAUCCGUGCUUCGGCAGAUGAUAUCAAGAAGGGGUAUCGACGUAAAGCUCUCGAACUGCAUCCAGACAAGAAUAUUGGACGUGUUGAAGAAGCAACAAGACUGUUUAGUGAAGUGAGAGAAGCGUAUGAUGUAUUGAGUGAUGACCAUGAACGAGCAUGGUAUGAUAGUCACAAGGACGAGAUAUUACGAGGUGAUGAUAUAGGAGAUGCUGACUCUGAUGGUGAAUAUGCACCUCCUGCUUCAGCUGGAACUACCACUGAAGCAUUGAUGAAGUACUUUUCAAACUCUUGCUACAAGAACUUUGAUCCUACGUCUCCAGCAUCGUUUUAUACCGUAUAUCACGAGCUAUUCGCUAGGCUAGAAUCAGAAGAAAUCGAGGCUCUAAGAUCAGACUCGGAAGCUCGCCGCGAAAACGGCUAUCAAUUCGACGACCAUCUUGAUUUCUUGGGAUCAGAUGUCGUCCAAUUCUAUAAAACCUGGACCAACUUCUCUACCGUCAAAUCAUUUAGAUGGAAGGAUAAAUGGAGGCUGUCUGAAGCUCCUGAUAGACGAGUCAGAAGAGCCAUGGAAGCCGAGAAUAAGCAGGAGCGAGAUAAAGCUCGUAAAGAGUUUAUGGAUACCGUACGUCAACUAGCAGAAUACGUACGUAAACGAGAUCCGAGAUAUAAAGCACAUCUAGAAGCUUCUCGAGCUGCUCAGGAAGUCAAGGAUCGUGAAGCUACAAAGAAACGUAACGACGAAAGACGCGAACGUCUCAAAGAUGCCAUGAAAUAUGAGACUCCUGACUGGGCCAAAGCCGAAAUCGAAGUCGAUGAGGAUGGCUCUGUACGUGUCAAACAACGUAGAAACGGUGAUGAUAACGAUGACGAUGUAGAUGAAUCCGAUGACGCGGAGCCAGAUCAACUAGACGAUGUAGAUGAAGAAGGACUCCUCGACUUUUAUUGUGUAGCAUGUGAUAAGGAAUUUAAAUCCGCCAAACAGCUUCAUAAUCAUGAAAAGUCGAAACGACAUCAGAAGAUGGAGUUUAUGCUCAAGAAGCAGAUGAGGAAGGAAGCUGCCGCUACUGGAGACGACAUAGAUCUUAUAGAUGUAGAUGACGACGAUGACGUCUUUGUCGAUGCUCCUGAUGAGCCAGUCUCACCAGAUAAAGUAGAAGCCGAGGACGAUCCCGUUAAAGACGAUGAUGAAGAUAUGCCGAUAGAGCCAAUACCCACAAAUAAUAAUAGUAAAGCCAAAUCGAAGAAAUCCAAAAAGAAACAACGUGGAUUUGGUGCUGAAGCUGAUUUCACUGGUGUCGUAUCGGAUACUGACUCAAACGUACAAUCCAACACCAAGAAAUCUAAAAAGGCUUCCAAGAGGCAACAGCAGAAACAGCAAGGGUCUUCGUCAGCACCUGUAAUAGACUCUGAUACCGUCAAUGAGCCUGCUACAGUCACGUCACGGACACGAGAAGACAUAGAAGAUGAUGACGAGGGAGAUGAUAUGGAGGAACCUAUAGAUGAAGAAGCUGAUGCAAAUGGUACCGACGAUGGACUAGAAGAACUUGGAUCACGAUUCGCUUCUAAAACCUCACUCAGUAAAGUCGAGGAGGAGGAAGAUGUCGACGAGGAAACUAUUGCAAGUAAUCCACAGCUGGAUACAGAAUCCGUAGCAUCGUCGGGACCGAGUAAACCUAAAUCUAAAGCUAAAGCCAAGAAAGCAGCUCGAAAUGCUGCUGCUGCAUCAUCAUCAGCUGCUCCCACCACCACUAGUAGUAAUAGUCUCAUAUGUGAAGUAUGUAGAGAAGUGUUUAAUACUCGUAAUAAGCUAUUUGAUCAUAUUAAAGCCACUGGACAUGCUCUUGCACCGGGCGGUGGUAGUGCUGGUGCAAAGAAACAGAAGGGCAAGAGGAAGUAG